AUGGAGCUCUCGAGUCCCACAGACCCCGAGAGUUUGCCAACAGAGCUAUCAAGCCAACAAAAACUCUCAGAUCUCUUCACCAUCAUGUGUGCUGGCGCAGCCCUCAUCUCGGACGGAUACCAGAACAACUUGAUGACCAUGUCCAACGUCCUGUUCAGGAAAGAGUAUCCCGAUGAAUACAAUUCGACUGUCAGCACUCGCGUGUCCAAUGCUCUGUUGGUCGGUGAGGUUAUUGGUCAGGUUGUCAUCGGUCUCACCUGCGACUACAUGGGCCGCAAGACAGCUAUCGUGGCCACGACGCUCUGCAUCGUCCUUGGCGGCAUCUUGGCCUGUGCAUCCAAUGGAAGCACCGUCUCAGGCAUGUUCUGGAUGAUGACAGUCGCCCGUGGUAUUGUUGGUUUCGGUACAGGCGGCGAGUAUCCUGCUAGCAGUGUCUCUGCCUCUGAAUCAGCCAACGAGCGUGCCCUCAACCGCCGCGGUCCCAUCUUCAUCCUCGUCACCAACCUGCCUCUGUCAUUCGGUGGGCCGUUUGCUGUUUCAGUCUUCAUGAUUGUACUCUCAGCUGCCGGUACCGGCCACCUCAAUGUCGUGUGGCGCGUGUGUUUCGGCAUUGGUAUCCUCCUGCCUCUGACUGUCUUCUACUUCCGAAUUCGCAUGCUCAACUCGAAGCUGUACCGUCGCGGCGCCAUCAAGAAGCAUGUACCAUAUAAGUUGGUCCUGAGUUACUACUGGAAGACUCUUAUCGGAACGUGUGGCGCCUGGUUCCUCUACGACUUUGUCACCUUCCCCAACGGCGUUUUCUCCGGAACUAUUCUGGCCUCCGUGGUGCCCACUGGGGGUAACACUCUGCUUCAUACGGCUGAGUGGCAGCUGUUGCUUGGUGCACUUGCGCUGCCUGGUGUUUUCCUGGGUGCUUAUAUGUGUGACCGCGUUGGCCGGAAGUACACAAUGAUGAUCGGCUUUGCUGGUUAUCUCGUCUUUGGACUCAUCAUCGGCUGCGCCUACGACAAGAUCAUCAAGAUUGUGCCUCUUUUCGUCAUCUUUUACGGUCUCAUGCAGAGCUCCGGCAACAUGGGUCCUGGUGAUAUGCUUGGUCUUCUCUCAUCUGAGAGUUACGCCACCAGUGUCCGUGGAACUUGCUACGGCAUCAGCGCUGCCUUGGGCAAGACUGGAGCCGCUAUCGGAACCCAGGCCUUCACUCCGAUUCAGACCAACCUCGGAAAGAAAUGGACCUUUAUCAUUGCUGCCAUCUGCGGUGUCGUUGGUAUCCUGGUCACCUACUUCUUUGUGCCUGAUGUCACCGGCGAGGAUCUGUCCAAGAACGACGAGAGGUUCCGCGCAUACCUCGUCGCGAACGGUUGGGAUGGAGAGAUGGGCGAGGAUGAUCUGCAGGGGCUUGCUGAUGAUGUCCAGCUGCCCAGUGGAGUCGAUGAUGCGAGUAAUGAGAAGGUUGCGAAGUCUGAGUCCAAGUAG